AUGUCCAAUAUGUCCUCCGCUAGCCAAACUGAUGUGUGUAUCAGCGUCGAUUUCGGAACGACAUUCACUGGAGUCGGUUGGAUGUUUCCAACUGGGCUGAAUCCCAUGUUCUAUGUGCUUCCAGGCGAGUCUGUUACUAAGAAGUUUCCGACUAUCCUGGCCAAACAUGAGCCGAAAAAAUGGGGGCUCCAUUGUCAGAACAUGGAAGAGGAAGAUAAGUGGAGGGCCUUCAAACUUUACCUUGAUCAGGCUCAACUUAGGAAGGCUCAUGAGUGCGGUGUUAGCUGGGCGCCCGACUCUGCUGACAAGGUGUUGGAGAUUGCCGAACAGUAUUUACGCCAUCUUCAUGACCACAUUCGUCGCGAACUGCCUACCAUGAAUCGCCAUGGCCCCAUGUCUCUUGAGGGGAAGAGCUGGAGUGACUGUAAAAUUGAGUUCAUCUUCAGCGUCCCGACGACAUGGGAUUGGGCUCAAAGAGCUGCCUUCAAGGAGAUCGUCAGGAAGGCUGGCUUUGGUGCUAAUUUCAAGAAGAAUGACACCAUUCUGUCUAUUGAUAUGGGCGGCGGAACCACUGACAUUGCCUUCGUUGAGGUUGAAUCGCUCGACCCACACAAAAAAGUAAAGCUUCUACAGCAGGUGAAGGGGGUUGACAGUGGUUCCAUGUGGAUUGAUAAGGACUUUGAGCGAUUUGCUGCCGAUGAGCUUGGUGGAUCUAAAGAUGCUCAACUCAAACGCAUUUCUCAUGAAAUGUCCCAAGGCAUGGUGUUUCAACACAAGAAACUCAUGUUUAGUAAAAACCACGAGGAGUUUUUUGACUCUCAGUUUGGUAAAAUUGCAAUAUGUACUGCUGAUGCGUUAAAUGACUUCUUGGACAGCGUGCAGAAACAAGUGGAUCAUGUCGUUUUAUCAGGCGGUUUAGGAGGCUCCGAGUACAUGUUAACCAAGCUGAAAGGUUGGGUUUCGGGAAAAGGGCCUCAUUGGAUCAAAGGAGCGACAGUCCACGUUUGCCCCGAACCUCAAUUAGCCGUGACAUAUGGCCUUCUUUACAAUUGCCAAAAAACCAUUCUUCAUACCCGGAUCGCACGAGUCAGUAUUGGAGUUGUGCCGAAAGGAGACGCCGAAGGACUUCCUCUAGGCACUGAGAUUUGUUGGUUGCUUAGGAGGGGUCAAAAAAGGACCACAGGUCAGAAGUACAGCAAAACUUUCGCCAAAUCCAUAAAAUCCAAAGGCAAUCCAAAGUGGAAUGUGGAAGUCUUCAGGUCCGAUGAUGACUCAAGGUACUUACCUAAUAUGACGGGAGCUGGUGUGGAGUCUAUCGGCGUCUUGUCCGUCGAAUUUACUGGCAAUCUCAAGAAGCGUAUCUUUCUCCUAAAGUCUAGGAAAAUCGAGGUACCUUAUGAGGUGAACUUCCAGGUCGAUGCCGUCGGUGACUACCGUGUCGACAUCUCUGGAGACCAUGUCAAUUCUUUGACCCUUUUAGAUCCGAUUCAGGUACACGACAUGUGA